AUGAAGGCCGAUGCGACGGAUUACUAUUUAAAAAAAACAAUCUCAAACAAGCUUAUUACCAUAAUAUUGAUAAUAGCAACUGUUAUUGUGCUGCAUAUUGCGUUUAAUUGUAUUAUUUUUUUCAUUGAUUUUGAUGAUAAUAUUAGCCUUAUAUAUCUUGAAAUAGGCUCAGAGAUUAUUUCGCAUCAAAACAUAACCAUACUAUACUCUCUUAUCAUCAUACAGGGGCUUCUUAAAAGAGAUAUAUUUGAGAUAUUUUUUGCAACUCUUGUGCUAACUAUAACAAGUCUUAUUUACAUAUCUGGAAUGUUCACCCUGACAUUUGAAGCUGUUACUGUACUCUAUGUGAUAAACAGCGUAUCCAUAGUUUUGGGAGGGAUAGUUCUUAUUUUCAUACUGUGCUUUACAUAUGAGCUGCGGUCAGACAUUGAGUGGUUUUACUACAAGUCGUUUGGGCCUGGGUACAACGCAAGAAUAGCAAUUGAGAGAACAACAGACACCUUCUUCAAGCUAACAAUUCAAGUAUUCCUAUCCAUGAUAGUCCAGAAUUACUACUUCUCAGACAAUAGAAUCUUCAUUAUAUUCGAAAUGUUUAUGUAUGCGAUUUUGCUUUUUUCAAAUGCCCUUGAACACUCUGUCAAGAAAUUCAAUAUAUACCUCCGAUCAUUGACCUUAAUAUCAGCACUUGUGCUUUGUAUAUUUCACAUCAUGCAGUUUGUUGACAUAGACGUAUCUGAGGAUGGGUUUUCAAGUAUAAUUAAACACAGCACACGGACACUUGCAGUGCACCAGAUUUUAAAACUGUGCCUUCAAAUGGCGCUGUUAGGAAUAUAUGCGAUUCUUUUGAUUGUACACACUCUGUGUCAGGUAAAUGGGUGGGGGCUUCGGGUUGAUGUGGAUUCGAAGGAAAGAAAGCGAUUUUUUAUUUAG